AUGUCCCAAAGAUCAGCCAUAUUCAACCAAGAUCUGCUCGCCGCACCCUUCGGGCCAUUUCAAGAGGAACAUGCGCUCACUAGCGACGUGCGCAACACAACCGUAAAAAAUCCGCUCGUCCUGGAUUGUGUACAGUUCGAGCUAGAAGGCACCAAUGAGAUUGUAGGCCUCGAUGAAUGCGAACCAUGCCAGCCGGAGUAUGACCUGGAACGCUGCAGACAUGUGACGUUCACCGGCGUCCUAGAAAUUAGCAAUCUCAAGUGGCUUUCCCCCGAAACAAUCGACACGAUAGGUGGAGCCUUGCAGGAACGAGAUCGUGUCGCUCGUAUCGCCACCCACCGAAAUGCUCUACCCGACAGCCAAGGCCGAAACUAUGCCGAGGAACUCAACUUUUGGUUCUCCUUCGACCUUGGCCUCAAAAUCAGAGUAAUCAUUCGAGGGGAGAAGUGGAUGCCCGUUUCAUACCUACAGUCCAUCCACAUUCCGAAAGGCUUAAUGCUAGUGGCUCGAAGCACUCGUAGAUAUGAAGUCGCUUCGCUACAUAUCGAAACCUACGAGCGCAGCCGAAAAUAUUUGGCUCGAUGGCGGCUGCUGCACGAACUGCAGAAACUCCUAGGGAUCGACGCGGGCCCUGGGAAGUCGUGGAGUGACAACAAGACGCCUCUGGCUGGACGCACCCCCGAAUGGUUUGCAGAGCUCUAUCUGCGACACAGAGCGUACUCUUUCGAACAACGUCGGCAGCGUCCCAUCUACGACUCGGACUCAGACUCGGAUAUCGAGCCUGGAGCCAACGGAAGAUUGAAGCGUGGCCGCGAGCAUAGUCCCCGUUCCGUCUCGCAGGAAGAAGUCCUCUCGCUCAUCCAACAGCACGGUCAAUGGGUCAUGGAUCAAGUGAAGCAACGGAAACACGGCAAAUGGCUCGACCUGAGGGUCUGGGCUCUCUGGUUCGCUUCGGCUGACGCCAGGGUGGCGGACGGCCGUUCCUCUCCUCCGGAAUGCAGCACUGGACGCAAGGUAGUCAACAAGGAAAGAAGCAAGAGAGGACUCGCUCGGCAGGUCAGCCCCCGUUCCCCUUCGCCGAUGGCGGUGGACGCUCGUCUACCGUAUCCGACCCAUGGCAGAAAAGUGGACGAGGCGAUGCUGCGCACGUAUGACCCAGACUUCUCACCUCAGUCCACCACCCUCGGCUCCCCAGUGAGCAGCCCCGGGCGCCCGAGCACGCCAGUCGACCCCGAUCUAUUAGCACUGCUUCCUUCGCAGCUGUGGCAACCUCCAAAUGUCAAUUCACUACAGAUUUGGACAUGUCCUUGGAAAAACUGCUCCUAUGUCAUCGACCUCUUCCAUUUAACGGACGAAGACAUGGACCAUCAGGAUAUCACGGAAGAGGAUAAGCAGCGGUUUCGGAGAAAGCAAUGGUCAAGAAGCGAUGCCUGGGCCCGUGAGGCGUUUGCAUACAUGGUCGACAGACACCAUCAUUGGCAUUUCAAUGACGCAGGCAUUGACGUUGACCUGGUUGGCGACCGUUAUGCUUUCCGUUGGAGAUAUUCGUCUAGCCAACCUCGCCCGACACAGUUCAGAAACGUCAAAGUUGAUGACAGGCGACCUGAACCCGAUAGAAUCAAAGAGGAAGCUAGUUGACUUGCAUCCGGUCUCUCCGCGUGUCUCUGUGAUCUAUAAUCGUUCAUCUGGUCACGGAGACACGAUCUCGGAGUUUGAUUGCU